UGCUCAGAUCUUCCUUCGCAGAGGAGAGCAGCGGCCGGAGUGUUUUGCGGUCUCUGCGUGGACCUGGUGCUUACAGCGUCUUGCGACUUGGAAGCGGAUUCAGACGACAGGACAGAACACUUGGGUAAGUGAAUCUCUGUCUGUCUGUCUCAUUGGUUUGUUUAUUUCCAUUUUCUUAAGGAGCACAUACCUCAUACCACACACACACACACACACACACACACACACACACACUCCUUUAUUCUGGGGGUCAGAACAUUGGUAGGGGGCCCUGGGAGCUGCAGGUUUCCUAAUCAUGUCUGCGUCUAAGAACAGUGGCGUCUUUUCUGGCUCUUCCUAUGAGCGGUCCCCCAGCCCGGACUCCCCAAGAUCCAUGCUAGCCUCACCCAGCUUGUCCCUCUCCCCUCCCAGAAACUCAGACCUAAGAGAAAGCUCCUCACCAGGGAUCAGGAGCUACCAUUCACCAUCCUCUAGGGCUUCACCACACUCACCUACGUCAUCACCAGAAACCCACAAGCUCCCAUUUCCCUUUCCUAACGGUGAUGGGCAAUCAGUGAAGGAAUUGGGCUCGCCCGUGUCCUCCUCUGGGGAUUCUUUAGCUUCACCACGUUCAUCAGUAAUAUACCACAUGUUCUUACUGCCAUCACCCAGCAGCUCACCCCCAGCUCUAGGGGAGGCUCCUGUGUCUCCCAGCUACUCUCCAAACAACCCCAGAUUUCAGCUGGAGUCAGCCCCCCACACCCAGGAAUCACCUACAAACUCACAAGCCUCACAGCGCUCCUCCCCUAUGUCUUUCAUCUCUCCAUCCCCAGCCCUCAGGGACUCUCCUGUGUCUCCCAGUUACUCUCCAACCAUCCCCAGGUUUCUGCGGGAGUCAGCCCCAUGCAGCCAGGAGUCCCCCAGAAACUCACAGGUCUCAGGAGAUUAUGAGCGGUCCCCCAGCCCUGACUCCUCAAGAUUCAUGCCUGCCUCUCCCAGCUUCUCCCUCUCCCCUCCCAGAAACUCAGAGCCAAGGGGCAGCUCCUCACCAGGGAUGUGGAAGACAAUCACCGAUGUCAUUGUGCUCUCCCGUGUCCUCUUCUGGAGAUUCUUCACAGUCACCCCGUUCCUCAAUAAUAUACCAUAUGUUCUUACUGCCAUCAUCCAGCAGCUCACCCCCAGCCCUCAGUGA